AUGAAAACACUAUCUUUCCUGUCACUGUUCUUUCUUGUUAGCUCCAUUAAUUGUAACUAUUAUGACGUUCUUGGUAUAUCUAAAUCUGCCACAUCAAUAGAAAUCAAAGCAGCGUAUCGAAAGUUGGCUAGAAAAUGGCAUCCUGAUAAAAACCCAACAGAAGAAGCUAGCAAAAAGUUUAUUGAAAUAAAUGAGGCAUAUGAGGUCUUGUCGAAUCCUAAGAAGCGCCACGAAUAUGACAUCUUUGGAAGAGUUCAUACAGAUGGAAGUCCGCCUCCUCCUGGACAUUACCCCUAUCGUCAUGAGUUUGGACAUUCGCCAUUCGAGGAGCUUUUUGACUUCUUUCCAGGUUUUAAUCGUGCCCCUCAAUUUUCAGUUAAUGUCGUUAAUAUUGACUUCCGAAGUUAUCGUCUCACUCAUCUUCCACGAUCUCGUACGGUUCCGCUACUCAUCCUCGGUUAUUCUGAUUUUUGCUUUCCUUGUCGUCAAAUACGCCCACUUUGGUCUCACUUGGCAGAUGAACUCACUCCGUUGGGAAUAACUGUGGCAGGUGUUAAUUUGGAACAUGAUUCUGCGCUGCUUGAGGAGCUACGUGUACUACAUGUUCCGAGUGUUACUAUUGUGGUUGACGGUCAAGUUACUUAUUACUCUCGAGGGGAUUUCAAUCAUAACAGCCUAAUCGAUGCACUAAGAAAUGUUAUCAUGAAAUCGAAUCCAUCGAAAUCCAAGGCGUUACCUGCAUUUCUUAGUACCACAAUUGACACGCCAUUAAUACAAAUGAUCAGUGAUUACACACUGCCACCAUUACGCUAUUGUAUUGGUGCUUUCAGAGCUGCAGAUCACUUGGCUGCAGGAUACAUCAGUUCCGAAUCCGAUCAUAACCAUGAAUUGAUUAGAAAGUUCAAUGUAAAUCCAGAUGAGGAGACAUUGUUAAUAUUUCACGAAGAUCCAAAUAUACCUGUCUAUCGCCAGACUGCGACUAAAUUAUCUCCUUCUACUCUUGACAAUGCGAUGUUAGCCUACAGUCAGUUACUUGUACCCAGGAUAUAUAGUCGUGCUCGUUUGCUCGAUCUUUGCCCCACUGAUGGAAGUGAGCCAGCAAGUAAAUAUGCACUGGAGUCUGAUAAACGUCAUAGUCAAUCAAAUUAUCAUCCUCACAGUCAUCGUCAUAUAUGCCUUGUACUUUUGUUACACUCUCGACAAUCGAACGUUGAGAAAGUACACAGUCUAGGUGAUAUUUGGUUACAAAUAUUGAGUAGAACUAUUGAAAAAUCUCAAAAAGAUCUAUCAAGAAUGUAUAAUCUCGGUGGGAGUAAUUUUCAUUUCAUGCCUGUGCAUAUUUAUGUGGAUCGUCAGUUUGAGUUAAUGAGUAAACUGAGUACAUUUUCAUGCUCAGAUGAAUCUUGUAAUUUACUUAAUGAAGAUAAUUUGGGUCGUUUGGCAUUAAUCUGGCGUAUCAGCUCAACAGAAACUGCAUAUCGACUUCUUCCAACCGAUUCGUUGUCUCAUCCAAGAAAAUAUGUAAAUCAACAAACUCUUGGACAAAAUCCCGCGGAUAGCAUAAUAAUGACAUCUGUUGAAAAGAUGCGUACCGCUUUAAUUAAAGAUUUAGCGGAUAUCAUGAAAACAAUAACUGUUACAAUGAAUCUACCAAGUCGGUUGUCCUCUAGUACAACAAAAAAGUCACAUGACUGGUAUGUGCUAAAAGACUGCAUUAUUGAAGAACUUAUCGUGGAUGAAUUACAGGCAUCAAUAUGGAUCCGAUUACGGAAUAGGAUACUGCAGAUUGUUAUUGAUAUUGGACACUGGAUUUUGACCUUUCAAAUCAUCCACUGGCGUUUUUUUCUGUCAACAAUAUCACAAGCUAUGACAAAUGAACAGAUGAAAUGUGGUACGAAGAAAUCUGACAGUAAAGUUGAACAAACUACCACAACUCGAAGCACUUCAUUUUCAGCUCCAGCUACUAAUUCAAGUAAUAUUAGGGAUGGUCACAAAUUUUAUGAAAAGUCAUCGAUGGCAACCCCAGUAGUAGCUUUAAAUCCUUCUACAUAUGAUCACCUUGUUCGUGAGGCACCCAAAGGUUUUAGACUUCUUGUACUUUGUGUCCGUGGUAGUGGUUCUCGGGAUGACCGAUUACGUGAACAGUUUGAUUUAAAAAGUCGUCGAGUGUGUGGAACGCAAAUGCAACGUGCAUACCUGUCUAUGGAUCGAUAUGCUGGUUGGCUUGCAAGCCUUCUUGAAUCCACAAGGUCGAACUUUCCUGUUCGUGUACGACCAGCUGACUGUAAUGGUGACAACAGUAACAGUAGUAUUAAUAAAGUUGGAGCAUUAUUUAUCAAUCCAGUCAAUUGUGUUGGUACAGUGAUUGCGGUCAAUGGCUAUCGACGAUAUUUCAAUCUUUAUCAUCCUUUAAUACCUGGAUCUCAGAGUAGUUCUGAUGAAACUGGUGAUUCAGACAAAGAAGACUCGUUAUCAGAUGCAACUGGUAAACAUCUUCGACGUAGGCGUAUAUUUGGUCGUGCUUUCGGUCUAGAAUCAGACGAUGAAGAUGAUGUCCAAUCAGAUAGCAUUGACAGGCGUGCGCAUUUAAAGUCUAGACAUCAGAUUACCGAUGGUGCAUUAUUUGAAAGUGAAUUGUUGGAGGGUCUACCUAAUUGGUUAGAUCGUCUAUUCGAAGGUUCACUUCCUCGUUAUAAUGUAAUAGAAUGGCCAGUUGGCUUACUUGGUGAGGAUUAAUUGUAUAGGAGUGUUAUUUUAAUUUUUAUGAUUGUAUGUUUCUCUCUUUCUGUUUUUCUUUGUGAAAUUUAUUAUCCAGUUCAACGAAUAUGCGUGUAUUUCGAAUUGAUUUUAUUCCCUUGUUUCCGUGUGCUUUAAAAAUUCCACCAUAAUAUUUGAUAGUCACUUUUCUUUGUAAGCACUUCGUUGCCUAUGUAUCCC